UAUCUGUCAUUGCGCCUGAAUCCAUACAGGAAGCGUUAUGUGGUAGCCCCGCCCCCUGUCAGUAGUGUUAUGUGUCACGUGUCCAGUAUUUACAAUCACCCUGUAGUGUGACCCGACAAAUGGCGUGUGUUCUGCGGGAGGUGAUCACAGGGAGACAUGUGGGCUGUCCCCAUUGUCACCAUAGGUGAUCUGGGGAUCCACAGCCAUGUCUGGCUCUAAAGGCAGAGCGAAGAAAAAGGCCGUCACCCCAUCUGACCUUUCACCUGACAACCUUCCUCUGCGAUCCUCUGGACGACAGGUGAGGAGAAAGGCGAAUGAAGCAAUAGAAGAUGAUGAGGAUUUCUUAGAGAAGAAAUACAGGAAAUGUGAAAAGGCGGGGUGUACAGCAACAUGUCCGGUUUGCUUUGCCAGUGCCGCAGAAAGGUGUGCAAAGAAUGGUUACACAUCCAGAUGGUAUCAUCUUUCUUGUGGGGAACAUUUUUGCAAUGAAUGCUUUGAUCACUACUAUAGGAGUCACAAAGAUGGUUAUGAAAUAUAUUCUUCUUGGAAGCGUAUAUGGACAAGUAAUGGGAAAAGUGAACCAAGUCCUAAGGCAUUCAUGGCUGACCAGCAGCUUCCCUACUGGGUACAGUGCACAAAACCUGAAUGUGGAAAAUGGCGUCAGUUAACAAAGGAGAUACAACUAACUAUGCAAAUGGCAAAGACGUACAGAUGUGGUAUGAAGCUAAAUAGUGCUCUUAAGGCUGAAGGAUCAGAUCACUGCUCUUUGCCAGAAGAUUUGAGGGUUUCAGAGGUAUCAACACAGCCAUGGUAUGCAAUGCUUAUUCUUCCUCCGCUCCUGAAAGACAGCCCAGCUGCCCCAUUGCUAGCCGCUUAUUACCCUGACUGUGUAGGCAUGAGCCCAUCAUGCACCAACACAAACCGUCUUCAUGGAGAAAGCAAGCUAGAGCAAAGCAGAGGAGCAGCUUCUAAUUCUGGAAUCAAUCCGAAUUUUCAGCCCUUCUACCAACCUAAUGAAUGUGGCAAAGCGCUCUGUGUCAGACCAGAUGUAAUGGAACUAGAUGAGCUUUAUGAAUUCCCUGAGUUCUCUAGAGACCCUACAAUGUAUUUGGCAAUGAGAAAUCUUAUUUUGGCCUUGUGGCACAUAAAUUGUAAGGAAGUGCUUACAUCAAAUACCUGUGCUCAUCAUAUUAUGGUGAGAGGAUUAGUUCGCAUCCGCUGUGUACAGGAGUUGGAAAGGAUUCUCUAUUUUAUGACAAGGAAAGGACUAGUUAACACUGGAGUUUUGUCUGUUUCACCUGGUCAGUGCCUUCUUCCAAAGGAAUACCACAAUAAAUCUGUGAUUAUUGUUGGAGCAGGUCCAGCGGGUUUAGCUGCUGCACGACAGCUACACAAUUUUGGGCUUCAGGUGAUGAUACUUGAAGCAAGAGACAGAAUUGGUGGUAGAGUUUGGGAUGACAAAUCAUUUAAGGGAGUCACCAUUGGAAAAGGAGCGCAGAUUGUGAAUGGUUGCAUCAACAAUCCCAUUGCGAUAAUGUGUGAGCAAAUUGGGAUUAAAAUGCGUAAACUUCGGGAAAAAUGUGAUUUGAUUCAGGAAGGAGGAAGAAUAACAGAUGAAGCUAUAGAUAAACGCAUGGAUUUUCAUUUUAAUGCCAUACUGGAUGUUGUUGCAGAAUGGAGGAAAGAUAAAAGUCAGCAUCAGGAUGUCCCACUUGGAGAUAAAAUACAAGAAAUCUACAAGACUUUUAUUCAGGAAUCUGGAAUCCAAUUUACAGAUGAGGAGGAAAAGGUUUUACAGUUCCACCUUAGUAACCUAGAAUAUGCCUGUGGAAGUAAUCUACAUAAUGUAUCUGCUCGUUCUUGGGAUCACAACGAGUUCUUUGCUCAGUUUUCUGGAGAUCACACAAUGUUAACUGACGGUUAUUCAGCAAUCACUGACAAAAUGGCAGAAGGACUUGAUAUUCAAUUCAAGUCAGCUGUUAAAACCAUUGACUACAGUGGACAAGAAAUCUGUCUAACUACAGCAAAUGGAAAAAUGUACAAUGCACAAAAGGUUCUGGUUACCGUGCCCCUUGCUUUACUUCAGAAAAAUAUGAUUCACUUUAAUCCUCCUCUACCAGAGAAAAAGAUUAAAGCCAUAAAUUGCCUUGGAGCUGGAAUUAUUGAGAAAAUUGGUUUGCAGUUCCCUUAUAAGUUUUGGGACAGCAAGAUUUAUGGAGCUGAUUUCUUUGGUCACAUUCCUCCAGACCCCAGUAAACGUGGAUUGUUCAGUGUGUUUUACGACAUGGAUCCACAGGGUAAACACGCUUUUCUGAUGUCUGUCAUCACUGGAGAUGCCGUGACUUUUAUUAAAAACAUGGAUGACAAGCAAGUGGUGAAGCAGUGUAUGGUAGUUCUCAAGGAGAUGUUUAAGGAACAGGAUGUACCUUCCCCGGUAAAAUACUUUGUGACUCGCUGGUCUAAAGACCCUUGGGCACAGAUGGCUUACAGUUUUGUGGAGACUGGUGGCAGUGGUGAAGCUUAUGACAUACUAGCUGAAGAUAUUCAAGGAAAAGUAUUUUUUGCAGGCGAGGCCACAAAUCGACAUUUUCCACAGACAGUCACUGGAGCCUAUUUAAGUGGAGUGCGAGAAGCAAGCAAAAUUACAGCCUUUUAAAUCCAAGCGUCAGAUUUGUUUUUUUACAUUGUUUUUCAUGGGGGAAAAUGGUCUUAUUCAACUGUAUUUCAGAGCAGUUUUGUUUAUAGCAUUAUGUGUUUGUUUUAAUUAUACAUGGUUAUAAUGGUUAUGAGUCUCUUUGAAGAUAUGUCCCAGAUGUACAGACAUCAUAUAUAGAAGAGCGUGGCACUUUACCAAUGGUUGGUCAUUCAAAUCUCUUAUUGUAUAAAAUGAUGACAAACAUAAGCAGGAAGAUUACAGACAAAGCAAGAAGCGUGUUAAGGCAAUGGCCGUUUCGUGUUACACUGCACGUUUUUUGGGAGAUUUUGUGGUGUAGCACGAUACGGCCUUUGCCUUAAAGGGGUACUCCCGUGGAAAACCCUUUUUUUUUUUUUUUAAUCAACUGGUCCCAGAAAGUUAAACAAAUUUGUAAAUCACUUCUAUUAAAGAAUAUUAAUCCUUCCAGUACUUUUUUGGGGCUGUGCCGGGUUCAUUUCUUUCAGUGCUGUUUAUGGCCCAGAUGUAUGCAUUCUCAAAUGAAUGUGGUAUGCCACUUGGAACGCAAGGGUACUCAAACUCUAUUUGUUUGAUCAAUAGAACUAUUGGGCAUAUACUUCUGCAGUGCCCAUAUGUUAUGUGGGCAGAGUCUUAUCAAUAUCAUGUCUGUAUAGAAGGCAGUUAAUGCAAGUUCAUAGUUGCUGUAAAAAAAUGUGAAACCCUUUUGAAAAAAAGAUUUAUGUUCAUGGAAAAUGUUUGUUCCCAAAUUGGCUACACCGAAAUUUGGCGUAGCCUAUGUUUUAUUUUGUUAAUUGUAGAGGUUGCACACCUUUCACUUCACCACUCAGCUGGAGAUUAACAUGUCUUUCUAGAAUAGGUCUUAUGAAGUUACACUGCAUACAUAUAUAUAACAUCAUGCAAGUAAAUAUUCUUUUUAAUUAUAGCACCCUAAACAGGUAAGCACAUAUCCUAGAAAGACAAAGUUAUCUUUGGCCUUAUUGGUGUAAGUGGUCAUAUGUAAUAUACCGCUAUGAUAUUUUGUUAUUUAUUUUUGCAGUACAGUAUCUGUAUAAUUUAAGUUGACCGAUUUUCAUAAGCUUUUCAGCUAAUGAAGUGUAUAUUCUCUUGUAAAUACAAUUUUUUGUACCAAUUCCAUCUUUUUGCAUUUGAUACUUUUUUUUUUUUUUUAUAAAUGUGAGGACAAGUGAACUCUUGGCUUCAUGUUUCUGUCAAGCAUAAGAAAUGUUAUGCUAAGUUGGAUAUAUUGCACAAUAAAGGCUACAAUAUGUUACCAUGUAAAGUGAGUCUUCUAUAAAGCACAUGCAUGGCACCCAAUAAAGUGACGUGCAUAAUAACACCCUAGAAGAAGGCUCAGCAGCUAAAACGGUCAUAGGGUUGGGCAUCAUCUCUAAGCCCGUGGGCGAUACUGGCAUUUUUGAUGAUACUUUUU